AUGGACGUAUGCGGCACACCUGAUGUAAACAUAAGAGAUUACCGCCGCGCGGGCAGGUGCGUUGCCAACCUGGCCGCAGCCUGUGCACAAUCGCUGAACGCGUUCGCCGUAAGUGGAAAGUUACAGUCGAGGCUCCCUCGCCUCGAGGCCAUCGCCGGGGCGCCACAAGAGGCCCGAAGCGACGCCGCUCCUGGACGCUUCACUGAUUGCUGUUAUCCGCAAUCACUCGCUUGCGAUCAAAACACCCACCACUCGGAGCACACUUCAGCGCGGUCU